AGUCCGUGGACAUGUCCACUCGAGAGAUCUACUGGAUCCAUCCCGAGUUUACCGGGUGUUGCUGACAUGAAUCCCGGCGUGGACCUGAGCCGCGGGGCGGAGGAUGUCCCGGUGUUGUGUGAGGGGCCGUCAUGGCCUGACUUUCAGUAUUUCUCAGGUAACGUUCAGGGACCAGGAUGCCCCGUGGAUCCCGGUGAAAUCACCCUUCCAGGCUGCUCCUGUCUCUCGCGCUCCUGCUGCAGCGAGAGCUGCUGCUGCCUGCAGAUGUACGGCCGUGCGUACGACGACGACGCCGCCGGCCGGCUGCUGGACCUCCACAGAGCAGACUCUGGGUACUGUUCGCCCCUGUUCGAGUGCAACGCCCUGUGCUCCUGCAGCGAGGCCUGCUCCAACCGAGUGGUGCAGAAGGGCCUGCAGGCCAGCGUGCAGGUCUUCCACACCGGGGACAAGGGCUGGGGAGCUCGAACCCUGGAGGACAUCCCUUGUGGGACGUUUGUGUGUGAGUAUGCUGGCGAGGUGAUUGAUUUUGGCGAGGCCAGGCGCAGACAGCUCAGCCAGACGUCUGAGGACAACAACUACAUCAUCGCCGUGAGGGAGCACGCUGCCACCGGCUCGGUCACGGAGACGUUCGUGGACCCGGCCCAGAAGGGAAACGUGGGCCGCUUCCUCAACCACUCCUGCCUGCCCAACCUGUUCAUGCUGCCGGUGCGAGUGCACUCGGUGGUUCCCAGACUCGCUCUGUUUGCCGGACAGGACAUUAAGGCUCAAGAGGAACUGACGUUUGACUACUCGGGAGGAUACGGUACCCAACGACCCGCAGGCGCCGCCCAGGCCAGCGAGACGGACGCACUGGCCAGAAAAGCCUGUCGCUGUGGUUCCAACAGCUGCACGCGCUUCCUUCCUCUGGAUUUAUCUGUUCUCAGCUCACAUUAAAACCAUUGCAUCAUUGUUUUUAUCUGCAUUUCCUUACAUUUAUUUAGGUGAAAUACUUUUGUCAUCUGGUUUCACUUGAAAUAAAUUAUUUCACGCGUGAAGUCCGUCUAGCCCAGGGGUCGGCAACCCAAAAUGUUGAAAGAGCCGUAUUGGACCAAAAACACAAAAAACAAAUAUGUCUGGAGCCGCAAAAAAUGAAAAGUCUUGUAUAAGCCUUAGAAUGAAGGCAACACAUGCUGCAUGUUUCUUUAUUAGUUAUAACUGGGAGAAGAUUUUUUUUUCAUUAUGCACUUUGAGAAAAAAGUCAAAAUUUCGAGAAAAAAAAGCCGAAAUG